AUGACGAGCUGGAGACUGUCCGUGUACGUGUGGCUGUUCCUGGGCCUCCUGCUGUUCCUGCUAACCCUGCUGGUAAUCGCCCUCCACAGGCUGAAGAACAUCAUCUCGUCGUCCGGCUCCUCAUCCUGCGGCGAGCCUCGGAGCUCCUUCACCAACGUGGAGAUCGGCAGCAUCUCGUCCUCGCGGAGGUCCACCGUCUCCUCGCUGUGCGCCUGA